UCUCUCUUUAGCGAAAGGAAACGAAAAAACAGACAAAUUUGAUCGCUUCUCGGAAUAAAAACAUUCGCCCACCCGUGAUGGCCAGUUAGUCGCAAAAUCGCGUCGUGUUUUCUCUGUUUAGUGAACAUUUUUGCAAUAUAAAUGGUGCUAGGUGCUUUUUAAUCUUAACCACGUUGCGCUCUUUGUAGCAACAUUGAUUCGAGAGAAAAGCUCGAAUCGAUACAAGAAAAAUAGAUACUGCAUCAUCAGACAGUAGGCGGAGGUGAAAAAAAGUAUCUCCCCAUAAAUAUUUGUGUUUAUCAAAGUGGCACCACCAAGUGAAUUCUUUUGUCCGCCGAAGAAACCCCGAUAAGUAGGCUGUGACCCCAUAACAUUGUUAUUCCGUCUUGUCUUUUCGUCAAAUCCCGAACGUCAAAAUUCCUGUUCUGCGACAAAUUACCUGCGAAAUUCUAAACCGGAAGUGAAAGUUUUUGGCACAGCUGUUGUUCCGGAAGAAGUUGUGUGUAGGGUCUAUCGGAAAUAUCUACUGAUUUCGUCGUGAUCGUCGAGAAAAGGUUCCAUCCGAAUUGGAAGCAGCAGCGCGCCGAGAAUCGAGUUCGUUCCUUUGGAACGCUCCCCGGACACCUGUGGAGCAUUUUCUUGGAAAAUGAGCUGCUGAGAAAACAAAAAAAAACCCAAACAACGCUCCCCGCUUACAUCUAAAGACAUCAUAAGUUUAGUCUCUAAGUCACGUUUGAAAUUUGCAACGGUGCAACGCGCAGUAUAACGACUUUCGAAACCGUACCUGGAGUCGGUCGUCUCGAGAUCGAAGUUUUUCCCACAUUCUGGGAACCUAAGGUAAACUCACAGCAACACCACUAACUAUGAACAUCUCCACCGGGCUGAUGGAUGAAACGUUCACCUAUCUCUAUCGGGAGGUGAUCGAGCACUAUGUGCCGGACUACAUCAAAACGAUGGAGUACACCCCCUGGAUCUUUUCGCUGCUCGGUUCGGCUCUGAUCGGGUUCAGUGGGAUCUUGCCGCUGGCGGUGAUCCCGGUGGCCCAGGACGGCAAGGAUGGCACAGAUUUUAAUGAUCCUGCCGAAUCGAAAACACUUAAAGUGCUGCUCAGCUUCGCCGUCGGUGGCCUGUUGGGUGACGUAUUUUUGCACCUGCUGCCCGAGGCUUGGGGCAGUGACCUGAACUCGACCGAGGGCGGGCACCCGUCGAUGCGCAGCGGCCUCUGGGUGCUGGCCGGGGUUCUGAUUUUCACCAUCGUCGAGAAAAUAUUCUCCGGAUAUGCCAAUGCCGACGAGAACAAUCCCCAGCCGAGGUGCGUUGAGAUUGCUACCUGUUUGCUGCGGAAGAGUGGCGGCAAACUGCCCGAAGGCUUCGUGGGAAGCUGCGGUGGAGGCGGAGGUGGUGCUUGUGAUAUCGAAGAUGUUCCUAAUGGGUGCUUCCUGGCGGCGGCCAAAGCCGGAGACGAUUCAGCAUCGUCGACAGGUUCAUCCGGUUCAGCGUCGGGAGCGAAAAAAGUUGCGGGAUAUUUGAAUCUGCUAGCGAAUUCGAUCGACAACUUCACCCACGGACUAGCGGUGGCCGGAUCAUUUUUGGUGUCAUUCCGACAUGGAGUCCUGGCAACGUUUGCGAUUUUGUUGCAUGAAAUCCCGCAUGAGGUUGGCGACUUCGCUAUCCUGCUGCGUUCCGGUUUCAGCCGGUGGGAUGCGGCCAAAGCUCAACUGUUGACGGCUGGUGCUGGUUUGCUGGGCGCCUUGGUCGCCAUCGGAGGAAGCGGUGCGACGACGGCCAUGGAGGCGCGAACCUCCUGGAUCAUGCCCUUCACGGCCGGUGGUUUUCUGCACAUUGCCCUCGUUACCGUCCUGCCGGAUUUACUGAGCGAAAGUGAACCACGGGAAUCGUUCAAACAGUUUGGCGCUCUACUCCUCGGCAUUGCGCUGAUGGGUUUUAUGACCGUGUAUCUUGAACAUUAGAACCCUGAAAAAUGGCAAACCAUCGGAUGAAUUUCUCCGUUUCCUGUUGUCGGUUGUCCCUGUCUAGUCCCGUGGAUUCCUUGUUCCCACCCCUUGUACAUGAAAAACGGACUGAUCUGCGAUACCGUUAUUACCGUAUCCUUGGACAGAUCAUCACUAUUAUCGUCGUCGUUGUCGCACAGGUCCCCGGGACCUGUGGUAACCAAUGCCAUAUUAUAACCCUCUCGACGGAGGAAAAAGCCGUUGGAGAAAAAUGCAAAAAUCAAAUUAUUAACAACCCCUAACUAGGUUAGAUGAAAACCAAACCAAGAGGACAUUAUCCAUUAUGAUAAAAUGAAUGAUUAAAUUUGAAUUCAAAUUUAGGAUAAUAGACUCCCUUUUGUGAUAAGUGUGUUGACCAAACGGCGGCAGUACGAUUGUUAAAAUGCAAACCAUGCCAUUCAAAUGGAACGCAUAAGUGUGAUAGGUAAGUGAAGUUUGGAUUUUAAAAUCGAUAAAAGAACUCAAAACGUGGUGGAUAUCAAAUUGAUCAAUACCAACAGCAACAACAAAAAGGUUAAAAACUAAACAGCAAUGAAGUAAGAUUUUGAAUUUACGUAAGACAUUUAGGUUCGUAGUCGUUUAGUGAUUACUAUUUAGUUUUUUUGUUCUAUUGUUUUUUUUUCUCUCGUGAUCCCUCCGUUCGUCUUUCGUGAACGGAUAGAGAGGUGGUGCGCAUGGCGCACAUGAAUGUAUGUGAAUGUAUGUUAACGAGGACUCAGGCGCUGGUAUGUUGUGCUAAUAGAUCAACCGAUCGUGAUUGGAUCCUUUCUAUUAUUGUGCUAGUAGUAUUAGAUAAGUUUAAAUUCUGUUCAAAGGUCGUUCUAGCGAGAAAUUUUGUCUAGGACGUCGAAAUAGAAGAAACUAUUAAAGCAAAGAUUCAA